UCGCAGAACAAAAGUGGCUUCUUCGAUUUGUAGCGAACGGUAGUACGUACCGUCCUCGUAAGUGCAGCUCACAAUCACUACUCUUGUUCAUCGUGUCAAACUGUGUCCGACAAAAGCGACAUUUCGAAAUCCUUUCUCAAAAUCCUGCUUUUGCCAUAUGGCAAACAAGAAACAAACUACAAGACCUCCUGUUUGUAUGGCAAAACGUUAGGGGUAGGAGAAUCUGCCGUGAAACCCUAGCAGACAAAAUCUCUCGUUUGAUGCUUUAGAUAAUACCGCGCAUUCUUGUUUAUACGCCAAACACUAUUGUCGCCAUUCUACUCCAUCAUGAGCAACGCUGUGAGGGCUUUUCUUCUAUUAUCGUUUGUAAGCAUUGUCGAACCUUUUCCUGUAGCGCUGUCUCCCAAAUCUUCUGCAACGCCAGAACAUGCACGUCUCUUUAUCUCCCGAGACGACAGUAUAGACGCAGAGAAUGUACGAAAUAUUGAUACGCAGGCAGAAAUAKGAAGUAAUUCGAGUGGCUCCGAGGACACAAAGGCUCUGUCGGGUCUCCUAGACGAGAUGUUCCAAGCAAAGCAGGAAAUGUCACGAGAAAAGAAAGAGCUCGAAUUGCUGUCAUCACAGGAUGCUGACAUGCCAGUCCUUGGCAACGAUGGAGUUUAUCGCAUCAUCAGCCAAAGUCAGCUUGAGUAAGUCAUAGAAGGCAAGCUUGUUGUAAAAAUCAAAUGCAUUUUGUCGACACUUCGCCAAUCGCCCUAUGUGUCGCUCAUCUUCCUUGCGUCUUUCAGAAACUUCAAGGAUGCCAAUUCUGACAAGUUGGUGUUCCUCAAGUUUUCAAGUCCAAUAUGUGCAGCUUGCCGGAUGCUGAAGCAGAAAUUCCAAACAUUGCACCGGAGCCCAAAAUUUGCGGGAGUACCAGUGGUCUUUGCAGACAUUAUGAUAUCGAAUAACAAAAAGGUAAAGGACCCCUUUCGGGAUUAUGUCACAUCACAGCUCAGGGUACAAAGAGUUCCAUCUAUCCAUUUCUACGCCCGGGGCAACGAUUCCGAUGCAAAUCAUAUUUACUGCGAUGACGGUGGAGGCGCAUGCUCGUGGCCAAAGAUUCAGCGGCAAAUGCUUGCGUUUGUGGGAGAGCACUACACCGCACCGGAAAAAGUCAAGACGACGCAUGAAAUGUCCUCGUCGAAUGCUGCUGUGGCAGAGGCCACUUCCCCAGAGUCAACUACGACGACAACAGUGAUUUCAACAACAAAGGCUACCAAAAAGAUUUCCAAACGCAAACGGAUUCGAGGGCUUAUAGUAUCUUGGCUUACGUAGAGAACAAGAAGAACGUAGAGUAUGAUUUAGUUUUUGGACCACGCAAGAGGUAAAUGUAUUCAGGAUGUCAUCUGCAUACUAAAGAAGUAGUAGAGUAGGCAUUCAAACUAUGCGUUACAGAGAAUGAUACGCGCCAAUCACCCAGAGAAGUAGGAGAAAAAGUGUUUGUUCUCAGUCUUUUAGAUGGUUGAUUAUACUUGACUUACUGGACGGAUGUUUGGAUCCAAAUGCUGUCCUCAAAUCUUCUUCAAAUUUACCCUACAGAAACUGGACGUAUUGGAUUAAUCCAAAACCCAGAUCAAUUGAUACUGUAUUGCAAUCUUGAUUUUGGGUCCUCGAAAAACGAAAAGUACCGGAUUGAUUUUCAAGACGAAAACGAUUUUGAUUUUCAUAUUUCUCGUUUUCCAAGGAUAGCUCUCUUACAAACGAAUUUCAUACUUACUAGUAAAGUGUUUUACCAAAG